GCUAAAAAAAGGGACCUUUAGUCUUCCUGGUUUUUUUUUUUUAAGCUAAAAAGUGUUUUAAAAUGCACCACGUUUGCACGCAGAUCAUCGGAACGCAAGGCUUCUGCAUGCAAUUCAGUGUUGGAUUUGCUGGGAGGGGAUCUAAGAUGGGGCUUGAGGAGACUGACUUCUGCUGCAACCUGGAAAGGGAGGGGAGGUUUGGAGUGUAAAUCCAAACUAGGCUCAGCCUCACUUCUAAUUCUAAUCUGCAAUAUGACUGGUGGGGUCCUGUUGAGGCUAGUUGGGACUUACAGACAAAAUAUAUCCCUCAUACAAAAACACCCUUCAGGUGUCCUACCAGUUCAAAUUCAGCACUGAAUUGCAUGUAGAAAUCUUGUGCUUCAUCGAUAUGAAUGCAGGAUAUAAUGGACUGUUUUGGUACUGUUGGGACAAUUUUAAUAAUGUUUUGUGUUCUUUUAAAAAAUCCACAUUUUUCACAGAAAAUAAGAUUCGAGUUGGAAAAAGCAUAGCUUUGCUGUUACCUUCUGUUUCUGGGCAGACAGGCUGCAGUCUUUAGUAUAGCUAUACCAAAUACUGCACGUUUUUCCAUUGUUUUCUGUGAACGGCUUUCCGUUUCGCUCUAACGCAAAGAAAAAAAUAGCAUUAAGCGAAACCAGGAAGUUUCGUAUCCAAAUAAUUGUGAUUCAAAUUUUCCUAUUUGUAUGGCUGACGCUUGGGGAAUUCUAUGCUUCCCACAAUGCACUGCAAAGGAGGCGGGCUCGAUAAGGUUUUCACAUUCACUACAUUUCCCACAGCGCACUGAGUCAGUUAGCAGGAGGACUACAUUUCCCACAAAGCGCAAAAGUGAAGUAGGAAGCUUAGGCGGCCCUCCCCUCUUCCUUACGCUGGAGAAGCCGAGGCCGUAGUAAAAGUCUGAUUUGGGCUGGUGAGGUAACGACAGGUGGCUCUUUAUUUAAAGGGGCGGAGGCUUCCCUUCUGGUUGGGCGGGGGGGAAGCGAGGUUCGCUCGCCGGCCUUCAGGAGAUUCUGUUGGACACCUGAGAGGACGAGGAAGGGAGGUGGCAUGUUGAUGGUGGGGACGUGGCUGGACACCUCUGGGAACUGCGGUGGCGCUUUUACUCGUCGGCGGUUGACCUUUCCGUGCAGGAGGUUUGGGACCAUCAGUCAUUAAUUGCCCACAUAAGAAGGUCAAACAACCAUUCCACUAGUGAAAAGUAACUAAAGUACAUUUAAAAUUAUCCAAAGAAAAUGUAAUAGAAUAUAUCCAAGGAAAUAUAUCAGAAUACUCUUCAAUCAAACUUUCUUGCAGCUAGAUGCUUUUCUUGCAGCUAGAUGCUAGCUAGUAGUAUGUUUUGGACAAAAAGCAGACCAAGGAAGAAGACAUUUCUAAUACAAAAUAAUUUAACCUUGAAUAAAGAAGAGUCGGCAAUGCUUAAUAUAUUUUCGCCUCAUGCUUUCUGGAAUUUGAAUUCGUAUUUGGUUCAGUGGUCCUACAGUAUACUAAGGAUGACAACUAAUUUUUAUUAAUUGGCCACACUACGUAUGUAACUGAGUUUUUAAAAAAUAUAUGAAGGAAAGUGGGGGAUAAUUUCUAAUUGCUUUCCUGCAAUUGGUAAUAACUGGACCAUGAAAGCAACUGGAUUUAUUUCUUUAUGUGUGUUGGCUUCAUUGCUUUGCUGUCAACUAAUAACCCCUGCAGAACACGAGGAUAUAGUGAAACAUGCAAUAAAGCUGCAUCGUGGGAAAGGAGUUGCUGUUACUCAGAGGAAACAAUGGCUUGUAGAAAACUGCAGAAAACUAUCUGGACUCCUACGUCAAAAAAAUGUGGUUCUCAGCAAACUAAAAAGUACAAUAAGGGCAGUGGAAAAGGAUUUGGGACUGUCGCUUGCAGAGAGAACUUUUCAGGUCCACACAUUUGAAAUUUUUCAAAAGGAGCUGAAUGAAAGUGAAAACUCUGUCUUUCAAGCAAUCUAUGGGCUUCAAAGAGCUCUGCAAGGUGAUUACAAAGAUGUUGUGAACAUGAAAGAAAGUAGUCACCAGCGAUUGGAAGCCUUAAGAGAAGCUGCAAUAAAGGAAGAAACAGAAUAUGUUGAACUUCUAGCAGCAGAGAAACAUCAAGCUGAAGCCCUGAAACACAUGCAGCAUCAAAAUAAAAGUCUGUCUAUUCUUGAUGAAAUUCUUGAAGAUGUAAGAAAAGCAGCUGAUAGGCUGGAAGAAGAAAUAGGAGAGCAUGCCUUUGAUGACAACAAGUCAGUGAGAGGAGUUAAUUUUGAAGCUGUUUUAAGAGUCGAAGAGGAUGAAGCAGACACAAAAAGAAAUAUUUCAAAGCGGGAAGUAGAAGAUGACUUGGGUCUAAGCAUGCUUAUUGAUUCCCAGAACAAUCAGUACAUACUUACUAAGCCCAGAGACUCGACCAUUCCACGUGCUGAUCAUCAUUUUAUAAAGGAUAUUGUGACCAUAGGAAUGCUAUCUUUGCCUUGUGGAUGGCUCUGUACAACAAUAGGAUUACCAACUAUGUUUGGAUACAUUAUUUGUGGAGUACUCUUGGGACCAUCGGGAUUGAACAGCAUAAAGUCAAUUGUGCAGGUAGAGACAUUGGGAGAAUUUGGUGUAUUCUUCACACUGUUCCUGGUCGGCUUGGAGUUUUCCCCAGAAAGGUUAAGAAAGGUGUGGAAGAUAUCAUUGCAAGGACCCUGUUACAUGACCCUCCUGAUGAUUGCAUUUGGCUUGCUGUGGGGACACUUGCUACAAAUUAGAGCAACACAGAGUGUUUUCAUUGCUACUUGUUUAUCAUUAUCAAGCACACCAUUGGUAUCCAGAUUCCUUGCAGGGAGUACUCGGGGAGAUAAAGAAGGAGAUAUUGAUUACAGCAGUGUGCUGCUUGCAAUGUUGGUUAUGCAGGAUGUACAGCUUGGCUUGUUUAUAGCUGUCAUGCCAACUCUUAUUCAAGCUGGAGUUGGCACACAUUCUAGCAUUAUCAAGGAAAUACUGAGGAUACUGAUGCUGAUCGGACAAAUUCUCUUUUCUCUGGCUGCUGUCUUGCUUUUAUGUCUUGUUUUAAAGACUUAUCUAAUAGGACCAUACUACCGCAAAUUGCAUACAGAAAGCAAAGGAAAUAAAGAAAUCCUUGUUCUUGGAAUAUCUGCUUUUAUGUUUCUUAUGUUAAUGAUCACAGAGUUAUUGGACAUUUCAAUGGAAUUGGGAUGUUUUUUAGCAGGAGCACUUAUAUCUUCUCAGGGUCAUAUGAUUACUGAAGAAAUUAUGUCCUGUAUUGAACCAAUACGUGACUUUCUUGCCAUCAUAUUCUUUACAUCUAUAGGCCUUCAUGUUUUUCCUAUAUUUGUAAUAUAUGAAUUCACAGUCUUACUGUUUCUUACACUUUCAGUGGUAAUAAUGAAGUUUUUCCUGGCAGUCCUUGUCCUUUCUAUGAUUCUUCCAAAGAGUAGUCAGUACAUCAAAUGGAUUGUAUCCGCAGGUUUGGCUCAAGUCAGUGAGUUUUCCUUUGUCUUGGGAAGCAGAGCACGCAGAGCUGGUAUAAUUUCUCGAGAGGUUUACCUCCUUAUAUUGAGUGUGACUACUCUAAGCCAAUUGCUUGCACCAGCACUCUGGAGAGCUGCAAUUAUGAAAUGCGUACCGAGACCUGAAAGACGAUUAAGUUCCUGAAGAUAUUUAGUACAAAAGCUUCCAUGAAGGAAACAUCUUCCUACUUAACAAAAUGCAACAUUUUUCACAAUACAUAAUCUGAAUAUGGGAGAAUAAUUCUGUUAAAUUGCUUUUUUUUCAGAACUUUAUUUUUUUUAUUUAAAAAAGGUCUACAAAACCAGUAAUUGACUGAUGUGCCUUUUUUUUGAGUGUGGGUAGAAUCCAAAGUUGUACAAGUAAUACAACGAGACUUCAUCUUUCUUUCCUCCCCUUCCACCUCCACAUCAGCUCUGGAGCAUCCUCCACCCCUCUGGAGCAGAUCUUGAAGCAUGCAGGAGUGCGCAGAAAGGAAGAAAGGAAGGUGAAGUCCCUUUGUAUGACCUGAAGUCCACUCCACUUGCACAUGGGUAGUGCUGGAUACAACCCAUUAUUUACAGUCAGUGCAACUAGCUUAAUUAACAUUUAUAGUGCCUGUGGCACUGUUAAGGAAUUAUGUAAUAAGUUAAUAUCCAAAUCUAACAGCCACAAAAGAUGUAUUUUCAGUGCUAUACAAAAUUUAGUUUUUUCAUUAAAACAUAAACUUGAAAACUGUUAA